GGAGAUGGCACCUGACGCUUUGACCUUGCAACGUGUCAAGCUGAAUCAGGACUCAGGCUGCACAGUGCCGAGAAGGUGGCGGAUGAAUGGUCGCCGUGUUAGCAGAGGCUUCCUCUGCAGGGCUUGGAAUGACGGAACUGCCGCUGUUGAGCUCGGUGUGUGAUGUAUUUCCGCUCUCUGCAACUGAUCAAGGCUGCGAUGCGAUUUUAAGCAGAAAGCAAGAGGAGCAGACCUUUCUAGAUGGCAGAUGUGUUUCACAUUUCUUCUGACAAGCCUCAAGAUCCUGUAUAUCUCCCUUCUAUUCAGCUUUUUAAAGUAAAUCAGUAUGUUUGCUAUCGAGGCACCAGGAGCCCUUGAAGUUUCUCCAAAUUCUCAGCUUUACAAUGGAACACAUGAUCUACAAAUCAGGAGUGAAGCCAUUGGUAUGACAGAUGUCAAACAGGACAAGAAUUCUAAUUUUGUGGUAGAGCUAUAUAACAAGAAUGAGAACUUUGGUCAGCUUCAGUCUGAUGGGACCACAUUCAGAAAUAGUCCGAAACUAAUAAAUGAACCGAAUUUGCAAAUGAAGAAAGAGAAGGGCAGUUCUUUCACUGUGGUUGGAUCUUUGAGUUUGGAAUCGGGGAGAACCAGACCACCUUCUGCGGAGCGUGUCCGAAUUCCACCAGAGGGAGCUGAAGUGGGCCACCCCAGCAAACUUACCAAGGUUAGAGAUUGUGAAGAGUUUGCUGUCUCUCCUUCAGAUGACAAUGGUUAUUCCAGCAGCUGUCUGAGUAUUGAAAGCCCUGAUAGUGUGGAAGGAAGCAUCUGGGAGACAUCUGAAACUAUCAAGAGAGAUAAACUCGAUCCUUGGCAACAAAUCACAGAAGCUGAGGUUGAAAGCAUUCCAGGGACUCCACCUGCUGCAGAUUCCUUUCUGCCAUCAGUAUUUGAGGCAGUCCAGAGUCUUCAAGAGAAACAAAGAUUCAAAGAGCAAGAGAAAGAGAAGCACCAAACCCAAGUGGUCAUGUACCGCCGCUUGGCCUUGCUGCGAUGGAUCCGCAGCCUCAAGCAGAAAGUAGUGGACCAUCAAAACCGGCUGCAGGAGAGUUAUGACACCAUCUUGAGCAACCGCAAAGAGCUGCUCAAGUUCAUCAAACAGGGAGUCAUCUAGCAAGAAGAUGACCAAUGCAUGAAAACAUUUUGUUUUGGAGUCUCACAAAUCUCAGUAACUACCUUCUCUACUACAAUCAGAUUUAGUAAAACUCCAUUAUUCAUCUUAGAAACUCAGUUUAUGAAGACAGAAAAUGUAAGCACAUUAAUGUAUUUUUUGUUUGACAGGAUGAGAGGAUUUUUCUUCCAUUUUCUUGCUGCUUCUAGAAUUGACAUUUCCCCUAUUUUUAAGGCUGCCUUCUGAGAUGCAAUAGAGAAAAAAAUAGUUAAACAAAGGAGAUUAAUUUGGGAGACAGCACUUGGUCAAAUUGUUGGUUACGGUAAUCUCUUAAUCUCUACUGAGAUCUGUGGUUAUUUUGUAAAAGGAAAAUUAACGUUACUUCCCUGUAUGAUCUAGAAAGGCUACCUCCAGUCAAAAAGGUUAUGUUAGGAUCUUGUGCUAUUGCAUUUUGCAGUUGUUAUGUUGCAGAACUAUAUUUUUUUUCAUUUCACUAUUCCUUGAUGUUAAACUAAUUCCAUACAUUGCUGUCCUUUUAACUGUAACCUCUUUAAAAUGACUUCCAUGUUGCUCAGCAAACAAUUAGGGUGAUGGACAAUUGAUGCAUUAGUGUUGCUUCAGGAUUGUUUCCCUUCUCCCUCUAGGUUGAAGUUGAUAUUUGAUUUUUGAAAAAUAAGGAUCAUAAAAGCCAAGGAUUUACCUUGGUGCCUAAAGUCUGCACAUGAGGUACUGUUGCAGAUCCUGAUAUUAGUCCAACAUUUGUUUGCUUUAUUAUCAGGAAUCUUGGGUUGGAUAUAAGUUAUGCUCAAAAUCUUUGUAUAUUUGAAACACAUCAACACUUUUUAUUGGUUAAGCUUUAAUUGGUUGACUUUUUUAAUAUAAAGAUCGAAUGGUAUUAAAUGGAAUUAGAGAAAUAUGUUAACAGAUGAAGUACCCUUUUAUUCAUAUUAUAAUAGGAUAUGAAUUAUAAUCAUAGUCCUUUUAUUUUGGAACUCAUGGAUCAAUGAUUGUAAGCUUAUUUGCAAACACUAAUUAUAUUAUUUAUUAGAUGUGGGAUAUAGAAAAAUUGCAGUACCUGUAAGAGAUACUCAACUUUUAACAAAAAUGUAAAGACUAUAUUAAAAGUUAGCAUGUAGAAUAACUGUAUUGUAUCCAUUGGGUCUUGGGGAUCAUUUGUUGAUGGAUAAAGUUCAUAAGAUGCGCUCUUAAGUCAGAAAUUGCAUUGGCCAUAAGGGCAGCAAAGCAUUGUGAGCUGAACAAUAUUUUGUAGGAUGGACCUUUUAUAAGGAAAGCCUGGGUUCUGAAACUGCGUUAACCAACCUAUUGGUUGGAUAGUGCAUGUCUGAAAUUUGAGGAAACCCUCUCAUGGAUUGGAUUGAACAUUAUUAGAUGGAAGGGGUUCUCUGCAAAUCUGAAACCACAAUACUUUUUUCCUUCUGGUUUGUUUAAAACACUUAGAUAUUCAUGUAGGCAUGAUUACUUUAUUGUAAAAAUAACUAAUAUCAUGUGUAAUGUCAAGCAAGUGGACUGAAGAAAACAGUUAUUCCAUAUGUGCUGCAAUUUUGUUUUGACUUCUGACCUUUGUGAAAAAUGUUUCCCAAAUGUAGUUGCAACUUUUUUUCUGAAUAAUGACUACCAUCACCAUGAUGUGUGUGGUUAAUAGGAAUUUCUGACUUGCGAUUAUCAAUGUAAUAAAAAGUGAACUGUUA